GCGGCGGCGGCGGCGGCAGUUUGCUUUCCAGGCACUUCUGCAGAGCAGGGCUGAGUGUGAGCCAGGUCCUGCAGUGAAUCCUCCUUCAUUGCUGCCUUCCUCGCUCCCYGUGUGGCAGGACGGGAUCUGCAGUGAGGUGCAGAGAGCUGCAGCGCAGCCCGGAGCUCCCGCUGUUCCCUGGAGAGCCAUCGACUUAGCGGGAUAAAAAAGGCUCUGAAUCAAUCGCAGGGCCGUGCUGCUGGCUGGAGACCACCAUGACGGACUCCAAGUACUUCACCACCACCAAGAAAGGGGAGAUAUUUGAGCUGAAGGCUGAGCUGAACAGCGACAAGAAGGAGAAGAAGAAGGAGGCUGUGAAGAAGGUGAUUGCCUCCAUGACGGUCGGCAAGGACGUCAGUGCUCUGUUCCCAGACGUGGUGAACUGCAUGCAGACGGACAACCUGGAGCUGAAGAAGCUUGUCUACCUCUACCUGAUGAACUACGCCAAGAGCCAGCCCGACAUGGCCAUCAUGGCAGUGAACACCUUYGUCAAGGACUGCGAGGACCCAAACCCGCUGAUCCGGGCUCUGGCCGUGCGGACCAUGGGCUGCAUCCGUGUGGACAAGAUCACRGAGUAUCUGUGCGAGCCCCUGCGCAAGUGCCUCAAGGACGAGGACCCCUACGUGCGCAAAACGGCCGCCGUCUGCGUGGCCAAACUGCACGACAUCAACGCCCAGCUGGUGGAGGACCAGGGCUUCCUGGACACCCUCAAGGAUCUCAUCUCAGACUCCAACCCCAUGGUGGUGGCCAACGCAGUGGCGGCGCUGUCGGAGAUUGCAGAGUCUCAUCCCAGCAGCAACCUCCUGGACCUCAACCCCCAGUCCAUCAACAAGCUGCUGACAGCCCUCAACGAGUGCACCGAGUGGGGCCAGAUCUUCAUCCUGGACUGCCUGGCCAACUACAUGCCCAAGGAUGACCGGGAAGCCCAGAGCAUCUGCGAGCGGGUGACGCCACGGCUGUCCCACGCCAACUCGGCCGUGGUGCUGUCGGCCGUCAAGGUGCUGAUGAAGUUCAUGGAGAUGCUGUCCAAGGACCUGGAUUAUUAUGGCACUCUCCUAAAGAAGCUGGCCCCUCCGCUGGUCACCCUGCUGUCAGCAGAGCCCGAGCUGCAGUACGUGGCCCUCCGCAACAUCAACCUCAUCGUGCAGAAAAGGCCCGAGAUUCUGAAGCACGAGAUGAAGGUGUUCUUUGUCAAGUACAACGACCCCAUCUAUGUCAAACUGGAGAAACUGGACAUCAUGAUCCGCCUGGCCUCCCAAGCCAACAUAGCUCAGGUGCUGGCGGAGCUGAAGGAAUAYGCCACGGAGGUGGAUGUGGAUUUUGUCAGGAAGGCGGUGAGAGCCAUCGGCCGCUGCGCCAUCAAGGUGGAGGAGCCCUUGGCCAUUUCCCAGUGCUGCUGCAGGCAGUGGGAUGUGGUUUGGAGUUGGGGUGGAUCAGGAUUUGAUCUCCUGCUCUUGCUGAGCUUUCUCGUGCUCUCUGCCUGUUCCUCGGCAAGGUAUGAGAGCGUGAUCGCCACGCUCUGCGAGAACCUGGACUCCCUGGAUGAGCCCGAGGCCAGGGCUGCCAUGAUCUGGAUCGUGGGGGAGUACGCCGAGCGCAUCGACAACGCCGACGAGCUGCUCGAGAGCUUCCUGGAGGGCUUCCACGACGAGAGCACCCAGGUCCAGCUGCAGCUGCUGACGGCCAUCGUGAAGCUGUUCCUGAAGAAGCCCACAGAGACGCAGGAGUUGGUGCAGCAGGUGCUGAGCUUGGCCACACAGGACUCGGACAACCCCGACCUGCGGGACCGUGGCUACAUCUACUGGCGCCUGCUGUCCACGGACCCGGUGGCCGCCAAGGAGGUGGUGCUGGCCGAGAAGCCGCUCAUCUCGGAGGAGACAGACCUGAUCGAGCCCACRCUGCUGGACGAGCUCAUCUGCUACAUCGGCACGCUGGCCUCGGUGUACCACAAACCCCCCAGCGCCUUCGUGGAGGGCAGCAGGGGUGUUGUGCACAAGAGUUUGCUCCCACGAACGGGCUCGAGCGAGAGCGUUGAGAGCCCGGACACAGCCCCGGCGGGGGGACCUGCAGGGGAUCAGCCCUCCGUGAUCCCCACCCAGGGGGACCUGCUGGGGGACCUGCUCAACCUGGACCUGGGCCCCCCGGUCAGCGGGCCACCCAUGGCCACCUCCUCGGUGCAGAUGGGCGCCGUGGACCUCCUCGGGGGUGGCCUGGACAGCCUGAUGGGUGGCGGCGGCGGCAGCACCUUCACACCAGCCCCCAGCACCGCAGCGCCYGCAAAUGUGGGGGCACCCCUUGGCAGCGGCCUGGGCGACCUCUUCGACCUCACAGGCGGGGUGGGGACCCUCUCAGGAUCCUACGUGGCCCCCAAAACAGUUUGGCUCCCUGCCAUGAAAGCCAAGGGGCUGGAGAUCUCGGGCACCUUCAGCCGCCAGGUGGGCUCCAUCUCCAUGGACCUUGUGCUGACCAACAAAGCCCUGCAGGUCAUGUCCGACUUCGCCAUCCAGUUCAACCGCAACAGCUUUGGCCUGGCCCCCGCAGCUCCUCUGCAGGUGCACGCGCCGCUGGCCCCCAACCAGUCAGUGGAGAUCUCACUGCCCCUCAACACUGUGGGCUCCGUCAUGAAGAUGGAUCCUCUCAACAACCUCCAGGUGGCCGUGAAGAACAACAUCGACGUCUUCUACUUCAGCACCCUGUACCCCCUGCACAUCCUGUUCGUGGAGGAUGGAAAGAUGGAGCGGCAGACAUUCCUGGCCACUUGGAAGGACAUUCCCAACGAGAACGAGACCCAGUUCCAGAUCAAAGACUGUUCCCUCAACGCAGACUCCGUGAGCAGCAAACUCCAGGGCAGCAACAUCUUCACCAUCGCCAAGAGGAACGUGGAGGGCCAGGACAUGCUCUACCAGUCRCUGAAGCUCACCAACGGCAUCUGGGUGCUGGCAGAGCUCCGGAUCCAGCCCAGCAAUCCCAGCUUCACGUUAUCCCUCAAAUGCCGAGCACCGGAGGUGUCCCAGUACGUGUUCCAAGCCUACGAGACCAUCCUGAAAAACUGAGGUGCUGCUGCAGCCCCUUCUCCUCCUCCUCCUCGUCCUCUUCUCCCUCUCCCGCCCGAGGAAGCAGGGCCGGAUCCGUGUGCAUGUCCCCUGGGAUUGUCCCUUUCCCGGCGGGGCUGGGGGCAGCGCAGGGGGGCAGGGGGGCUGUCCCCAGUCCCUGCAUCCCCGUAGCCAUCCCCGUGUGAGCCAGGCCGUGUUCUCCUCGCUGCUGUUGCUGCGGGGGGCCGCUCUCCCCCUCCCCAAAACCCCAGCUCCCACUCCUGGCUCUCACUGAGCCGUGUCCAGUGCUGGGUUCAGCAUUCCAAACCCUGGGAAUGGCGCCUGGGGGCUCCCUCCCAGCUUGUUGGGGGGCCCAAAGUGCUGUGGGGUCAGGUGCCUCUGGCUGCAGAUCCUCCAGGACACCUGGGAUUUGGGAUGGGAUUUCCCAUCCCAAGGUGGGAACAGCUUUGGCUUCUUCCCCCUUUGAGUUUGUGCCCUUGUUCAGCCCUUCCCAGAGGGUCUCCUUCCCAUGGAAGCCCUUCCCCAAGCUCCCAAAAGGACUCGAGGAUCCCAAAUUUGAGGCUGUACUUGAUGUGCAGGCAAAAAAAAGGGCUUUUCCAACCCCAUCCAGCCUCCWCUGUGGGGUCGGGAGGGCUCUGAGCAUCCCCUUACCCCAUCCCCAACCCCACGGUUCCCUCUGCUCCCCCCUGGCACUCCUGGGGGUCCCACUGCUCCAUUCCCCCCUGAAUCAAGCCAUGGGUCCCCCCUCCCUCGAAGCAGGAAAUCUCUAAUAUAUGAAAGAUAAAUAUAUUGUAACGUUCACUGGU